AAACAACAACCACUCCGCCAUACCAAAACCCAACCACCCACCAUGGCCCCAGCAUCCGGAUCCUCCCUCUACCCCCGCAACACCCUGAAGCGCAUAAUCCGCGCCCACGCAAACCGCACCCUGAGCAAGAACGUAGAUAUCCUCAUAUUCCUCGACUACACCCUCUUCCUACAAGACUUGAUCCGCGAAGCAUCAAUCCGCUCGAAACGCGAUGGCGAGAGGGGCAUUUCGGCGCGGAGUGUGCGCCGGGUGCGAGAUAUGAGCUUGAGGAAGUUUAAGGGAUAGGGAAGUUUAAGGGAUAGUGCGGAUACUUCGUACGUGGGAACGGGUCAAUUCGGUUAUGGUUACAAGGGGGCGUUUAGGAUAGGGCAGGGCGGUUUAGGAGGGGGAUACCCACUGGGAUCGUGUUGUGGGCUCUAGAAGGGCUUUGACCAUUUUUUGGGGCGGCGUUUAGGGUUGGCUUCGUGUCUGCAUUGGGGAUAUCAGACGUAUGAGAUUGCGUUUAGCAGCCUGGCUUAAUCCAGCUUAAACAUACACAAGCAGGAUAUGAAUAUGGCUACGCGAUUUAUCCAUUUUGUCCCGACUUACGAAGAGGGUGCUGAAGCGCCACAAGCAGCGGCAAGUAGGCCGACUGUCAGCUUGCUGACACUCUCUAAUAUAAGCUUUGAGGGGCUUUGCAUCUUCUAAAAGCUUUGAGAAUGCGCCGAAGCAAUCUCCAACGGUAGUAAGCAACUGUGCCUAGAUUUUGGCAAAGUACUGUAUGUUGG